AUGGCUGCGGCGGCGGCGGCCCCGCGGCGGGGCCCGGACGGGGAGCCGCGCGCGCUGGCGCGGGCCGUGCGGCUGCUGCAGCGCCUGCAGGAGCGGAGCGCGGCCGCGCGGCUGUCGGCGAACCCGCCGGCGCUGCGGGACCUGCUGCCGCGCACGGCGCAGCUGCUGCGGGACGUGGCGCGCGCCCGGCGCGCGGCGGGCGGCGGCCCCGAGGGCCCCGGCGGCGCCGCGGACUUCCUGGCCCUCUUCCUGGCCAACCUGGAGGCCAAGGCCCGGCAGGUGGCCGCGCUCCUGCCGCCCCGGGGCCAGCGCGGCGCCGGCGCCGGGCCCUUCCAGGAGGGCUCCAUGCCCAGGCGACAGCUGGCCAAGCUGGCCCUCAUCUUCAGCCACAUGUUCUCGGAGCUGAGCGCGCUCUUCCCCGCGGGAAAGUACUGCGGACACACGUACCAGCUCACCAAGUCCGCCGCCCACACCUUCUGGAGGGAGCACUGCGGAGCCCGGUGCGUGCUGCCCUGGGCUGAGUUUGAGUCUCUCCUGUGCACCUGCCACCCGGUGGAGUCCGGCUCCACCGCCCAUGCCUUGCGCGCCACCAUCGACCUCACCUGCAACGGCCACGUGUCCAUCUUCGAGUUUGACAUCUUCACCAGGCUCUUCCAGCCAUGGCCCACGCUUCUCAAGAACUGGGAGCUCCUGGCGGUCAACCACCCAGGCUACAUGGCCUUCCUCACCUACGAUGAGGUCUGCGCGCGCCUGCAGGCCUGCAGGGACAAGCCAGGCAGCUACAUCUUCCGACCCAGCUGCACACGCCUGGGGCAGUGGGCCAUCGGCCACGUGAGCUCAGACGGCAGCAUCGUGCAGACCAUCCCUCACAACAAACCCCUGUUCGAGGCGCUCCUGGACGGACAGAAGGAAGACUUCUACCUCUACCCAGAUGGGAAGAACCACAACCCAGACCUGACCGAGCUCUGCCACAUGGAACCGCAUCAGCUCAUCCACGUGUCAGAGGAGCAGCUGCAGCUGUACUGGGCCAUGAACUCCUCCUUCGAGCUCUGCAAGAUCUGUGCUGAGAGCAACAAGGACGUGAAGAUCGAGCCCUGCGGGCACCUGCUGUGCAGCCGCUGCCUGGCCGCCUGGCAGCAAUCAGACAGCCAGACCUGCCCCUUCUGCCGAAGCCAGAUCAAGGGCCGAGAGGUCGUGAGUAUCCAUCGGUCCCGAGGGAGGCCAGCGGAAGCCAGGGCCGCUGCUGUGAGCCCGGGGAGCAGCGACGGCCAGGAAAACCGAGAGGACACGCUGGGGCAGGUGGUCCCCUCAGCCCCCCCGCUGUCCCCUCCCCUGGACCUGUCCCCUCCCCUGGACCUGCCUCCGGAGCAGCCCAGAAGUAAAGGCCAGCUGAAGGUGGGGCCUCCGGCCUUCCCCAAACUGCGGGCCCCUCUUCCUCUGCCAAGAAUCAGGACUUCACUCUCCGCCCCUCGGGAAGCCACCUCCAGGCCCCGGGCCGGGGAGGGAGCCACAGAAAACUCUUAA